AUGCCAAGCUAUGCAAAAUUCAUGAAGGACAUCUUGGCAAAGAAGAGGAAGCUGGAGGAAUAUGAGACAGUAGCUCUCACCCAAGAAAGUAGUCAAUACUACCUCAACAAAUUACCACCAAAGCUAAAAGAUCCAGGGAGUUUUACUAUUCCUUGUACUAUUGGAGAAGCACGUCCAACUACUGUCACGUUGUUGAUGGCUGAUAGAUCAAUAACUCAUCCAGAAGGAAAAAUUGAAGAUGUUUUGGUAAGAGUGGAUAAGUUCAUUUUUCCCGCUGACUUUAUUGUUCUUGUCUUUGAAGCAGAUAGGGAAGUGCCCAUCAUUUUGGGAAGAGCAUUCUUAGCCACUGGACGAGCAUUAAUUGAUGUUGAAAAGGGAGACUUAACCAUGCGAGUAAAUGAUGAGCAAGUCACGUUCAACGUACUCAAAGCCAUGAAGUAUCAUGAACAGGUGGAAGAAUGUGCUAGCAUAGACACCCUUGACGCAGUUCUGCUACAGCAACUUAAGCAGCAAACAGAAGCAGACCCAUUGAAUGCUGCUAUAGCAGAGGAAUGUGCAGAAGAUGAAGAGGAAAUACAAGAGUGCCUUGCAUGGAUGAAUUUCCAACCAGUAAGGCCUUACAAAGAGAAACACUUUGAAUCUCUUGGAGAAAGAGCGAUAAGGACGCUCAAACCAUCCAUCGAAGAAUCUCCGAUCUUUGAGCUCAAACCACUACCCCAACAUCUGAAAUAUGCAUUCCUAGGAGAUUAA